CAAUACUAUUGAAUAACCAUAGAAUUAUAAAUACCUCAACAUAACUGUGUUGGGCAUCAGUCGUCUUCUAGAACAACUCGGCACACAAUCAGUAAAAAAAUAUCAUCUGUAACUUAAAUAAUCAAAUAUGAAAUAUUUUAAGGCUUGUGUCGUCGGAUUAGCUUUAAUCAGUCACUGCUUGGCUGCUGAAGACGCCAAGACUGAUAAGAAAGCUAAUACCAAAAGAAGUUACAACUUGGGAUAUUCCGGAAUCUCUGACGCUUCUUGGGGCUUAGGCGGUUCAUCGUUGGGUGGAUAUGGAUUGGGACUGUCUUCUGGAAUCGCUUCAGGAUACGGUUCUGGAAUCGCUUUAGGAUACGGUUCUGGAAUCGCUUCAGGAUACGGUUCCGGUUAUGGAUACGGCCAUCAUGUGCCCACAAAGGUCAGCUCCUCAGAUCACGUCGAACAAGUUUCCGUUCCGCAACCAUAUGCAGUUCCAGUCACCCGUCACGUUCCAGUUUCAGUCCCACACCCAGUGCCCGUAGAAGUCCCAAGGGCCGUUCCAAUCAGCGAACCACAUCCAGUACCAGUCACCGUCAAUAGACCAUACCCAGUCGAAGUUCCUCGUGCCGUCCCAGUCAGUGUACCACACCCAGUACCAGUUGAAUUAAACCGUGCCGUGCCAUACCCAGUUGCUCGUCCAUAUCCCGUAGAAAUUAACCAAGCCGUACCAUAUUCCGUACCUACUCCAGUCAUCACCCCAGUCGCUGUCCCAGCACUAGCCACCUCUUCUUACGGAGCUCCAUUGUCCGGCUACUCUUCUUACGGUUCAUCUUUGGGUGGCUUGUCUUACGGAUCGUCUUUGGGAGGCUUGUCUUACGGAUCAUCUUUGGGAGGCUUGUCUUACGGAUCAUCUUUGGGAGGCUUGUCUCACGGUUUAGCUUUGGGAGGCUUGUCUCACGGAUCAUCUUUAGGAUACUCUGGUGCCUCUCUCGGAUACGGAAGCGGAUAUGGUUUAUCCAAAUACGCACACCAUGCUUGUGUCGUCGGAUUAGCUUUAAUCAGUCACUGCUUGGCUGCUGAAGACGCCAAGACUGAUAAGAAAGCUAAUACCAAAAGAAGUUACAACUUGGGAUAUUCCGGAAUCUCUGACGCUUCUUGGGGCUUAGGCGGUUCAUCGUUGGGUGGAUAUGGAUUGGGACUGUCUUCUGGAAUCGCUUCAGGAUACGGUUCUGGAAUCGCUUCAGGAUACGGUUCCGGUUAUGGAUACGGCCAUCAUGUGCCCACAAAGGUCAGCUCCUCAGAUCACGUCGAACAAGUUUCCGUUCCGCAACCAUAUGCAGUUCCAGUCACCCGUCACGUUCCAGUUUCAGUCCCACACCCAGUGCCCGUAGAAGUCCCAAGGGCCGUUCCAGUCAGCGAACCACAUCCAGUACCAGUCACCGUCAAUAGACCAUACCCAGUCGAAGUUCCUCGUGCCGUCCCAGUCAGUGUACCACACCCAGUACCAGUUGAAUUAAACCGUGCCGUGCCAUACCCAGUUGCUCGUCCAUAUCCCGUAGAAAUUAACCAAGCCGUACCAUAUUCCGUACCUACUCCAGUCAUCACCCCAGUCGCUGUCCCAGCACUAGCCACCUCUUCUUACGGAGCUCCAUUGUCCGGCUACUCUUCUUACGGUUCAUCUUUGGGUGGCUUGUCUUACGGAUCGUCUUUGGGAGGCUUGUCUUACGGAUCAUCUUUGGGAGGCUUGUCUUACGGAUCAUCUUUGGGAGGCUUGUCUCACGGUUUAGCUUUGGGAGGCUUGUCUCACGGAUCAUCUUUAGGAUACUCUGGUGCUUCUCUCGGAUACGGAAGCGGAUAUGGUUUAUCCAAAUACGCACACCAUUAAU